GAAUGAAAUGAAGAUUGCUUAAUAACAAUCAAUAUCAUCAUAGUCGAAGUAGAAUUAAUUUUCAAAACCAUUUUAGUAAGAUCCAAAAAGAAAGGAUUUUGAAAUCUCAACAUUUAACGAAGAACUCUUUUUUGGAAAUUAAAUUGCAAGACCUUUAUAGGUAUCACCUAAUAACGAAUCGAAAUAAGUAAUAACAGAUUAUCGAGAACCAUAGGUGUAAAUUCAUGGUUUGAAUUACGCUUUGAAAGUGGAGGAGGAGGCAGAGAAGAUCAUUGAGCACUUAAUCGACGAAGCAUCGAAUAGUUUGAAUAAGAUAGAAUUGGUUCAACAGUAUGCCUAUCAAACUAAUGCGGGGAUCCUCACAAACUUGGGAGUGAUCAACAACUUUAUAAAUUUGAUGUGCUUUGCAAUUCUAGGUAGGAGCUUUAAUGUUAUGCAAUAGAAAGUGAUUAGCAGGAAUUUCUGAAGAGAAUGAACACUCCCUAUGGCAGAAAACCCAUAAGCAGAUUGAGACAGUUGCACGGGCAGGACGAUUGCGAAGGUCAUCAAGAAAUGCAACCCCUUUCCUAAAUAAGUUAUAAAAGAAAUCUAUCAUAGAACAAAUAUUGGAAACUCAAAAUCAGUAUGAAAAAAUUCACAACUAGGCCAUAUUCGAUGCUUUCAACGAGGCUCUCAAUAUUUAAAGACCUUUCUACCAAGAUGAAGGGAUUCCCUAUCCAUGGUGCAUAGAAACCAACAUUUCAUAAAGAUUGUGUUAUGGAAUAGAGGACCUCCCCAACAUCUUGGAGAGAGCAAGACAAAAGGUGUUUGAUUGGUCGAAGACUCUGUGUGGUAUGGAAUGAAUGUUUAACCGUGUUUUAGGAUUGUUGUCCGAUGAGAUUCCAGUGAUCUCGGUUCGACAACUAAAUUAUGAGCAACUCAUAAUAAUGCAGGAAUGCCAGGGGAAUGAUUCUUUGGCUUACAUCAAUGAGGAGAGGAUACAAAAUUGUCUCUCGAUUGAAGUAUGAUAUGCAAGUGAUCUUAAAUUAGUUGUAAGAAGGAGAAAGGAAAUGGUUCUAGAUGGCUCAGGAAUACUCCGAAGUGUUGAUGGAGAUAGCAGAUUACGUGUUUGAAGAAUUGACUGAGGAGAUGGUUGUUGAGAUUCUGAUGUGA